AUGGGUUCCCAGGAAGGCCUCUAUUCAGCCUACGUCUUCUAUAUUAUCCUGGGCUGCGUCGUUGCCGUUUUCAUCGGAUACUCCCUCGAUUACAUUGCCACAAACGGAUUUCGAGAUUAUGAAACAACGCAAGACAUGUCAAUGGAGCAAAAGCAAUACAUGAGAGAGGUGCGAGAUCGGAACACGAUGAGACUGUUGGAGCAAGUGAACCGAGGAGGCCGAUGA